CUUCAACGACUUCAUAAGGAGACGUUUCUGGGCGCAGCCGUGUCGCUCUUGGUUUCCAUCGUGUGGGAAGAACGGAGUUACCAGUCUCACGCAGAAAAAGGUCUUGAGAACACCUUGUGGCGCACCCAGUGUAACAGUGACGAUCAACCUUUUUUGUGUUGCCCUCCCUUGCCUGCCAGAAGUGAACCAUGAAGGACCGUUCUUCAACUCCCCCCUUACAUGUUCACGUGGAUGAGAACACCCCUGUCCAUGUUCACAUAAAAAAACUCCCGAAACCAUCAGCGACCAACAGCCAGAAAUCUCAUAAGCGCGGAAUGAAAGGGGACACCGUGAAUGUGCGACGGAGUGUUCGGGUGAAAACCAAGGUACCUUGGAUGCCCCCUGGAAAAUCAUCUGCCCGGCAUGUGGGAUGCCAGUGGGAGACUCCUCCUCACUGCCUGGAGAUCACACCACCAUCCUCAGAAAAGCUAGUCUCGGUGAUGCGAUUAAGUGACCUCUCUACAGAAGACGACGACUCAGGACACUGCAAAAUGAGCCAUUAUGAUAAGAAGAUUGACAGUCUAAUGAAUGCUGUUGGUUGUCUAAAGUCUGAGGUCAAGAUGCAAAAAGGCGAGCGCCAGAUGGCCAAAAGGUUCCUGGAGGAGCGCAAGGAGGAGCUGGAGGAGGUAGCCCACGAGCUGGCUGAGACCGAGCAUGAAAACACAGUGCUGAGGCACAACAUCGAGCGUAUCAAGGAGGAAAAGGACUUCACCAUGCUACAGAAGAAACACCUCCAGCAGGAGAAGGAGUGCCUCAUGUCCAAGCUGGUAGAGGCUGAAAUGGAUGGAGCAGCUGCCGCAAAGCAAGUCAUGGCCUUGAAGGAUACCAUCGGGAAACUGAAGACUGAGAAACAAAUGACCUGCACGGACAUUAACACCCUAACGAGGCAAAAGGAACUUCUCCUGCAGAAGCUGAGCACUUUUGAGGAGACCAACCGCACCCUCCGAGACCUGCUGAGGGAACAGCACUGCAAAGAGGAUUCCGAGAGACUAAUGGAGCAACAGGGUGCAUUACUGAAACGGCUGGCAGAGGCGGACACAGAGAAAGCGCGCCUGCUGUUGCUGCUGCAAGACAAGGACAAGGAAGUAGAAGAACUCCUGCAAGAGAUACAAUGUGAGAAGGCUCAAGCAAAGACAGCAUCGGAGCUUUCCAAGUCCAUGGAGUCCAUGCGCGGGCAUCUACAGGCACAGCUUCGGUGCAAAGAGGCUGAGAACAGUCGCCUGUGCAUGCAGAUCAAGAACCUAGAGCGCAGUGGGAACCAGCACAAGGCGGAAGUGGAGGCCAUCAUGGAGCAGCUGAAGGAACUGAAGCAAAAAGGAGACCGAGACAAAGAGACCCUAAAGAAGGCCAUCCGAGCCCAGAAGGAACGGGCCGAGAAGAGCGAGGAGUACGCCGAGCAGCUACAUGUGCAGCUAGCCGACAAGGACCUGUAUGUCGCUGAAGCUUUAUCUACUCUGGAGUCAUGGAGGAGCCGCUACAACCAGGUUGUGAAAGACAAGGGAGAUCUCGAGUUAGAAAUCAUCGUCCUAAAUGACCGGGUAACAGAUCUUGUAAACCAGCAACAAACUUUGGAAGAGAAGAUGAGGGAAGACCGGGACAGCCUGGUGGAGAGACUGCACCGGCAGACGGCCGAGUAUUCCGCAUUCAAGCUGGAGAAUGAGAGGCUGAAGGCUAGCUUCGCCCCAAUGGAGGACAAGCUCAACCAGGCCCACCUAGAGGUCCAGCAGCUGAAGGCGUCGGUGAAGAACUACGAGGGGAUGAUAGACAACUAUAAGAGCCAGGUGAUGAAAACCAGAUUGGAGGCUGAUGAAGUGGCUGCCCAGCUAGAGCGCUGCGACAAAGAAAACAAGAUCCUUAAAGAUGAGAUGAACAAAGAGAUCGAGGCGGCUCGCCGGCAGUUCCAGUCCCAGCUGGCUGACCUGCAACAGCUCCCUGACAUCCUCAAGAUCACUGAGGCUAAGCUGGCUGAGUGCCAAGACCAGCUGCAGGGCUAUGAGAGGAAGAACAUCGACCUCACAGCCAUCAUUUCAGACCUGCGCAGCCGGAUCGAACAUCAGGGAGACAAGCUGGAGAUGGCGAGAGAGAAACAGCAGGCUUCCCAGAAGGAAAAUAAACAACUGAGUCUGAAGGUGGAUGAACUGGAGAGGAAGCUGGAGGCGACCAGUGCCCAGAAUGUCGAGUUCCUACAGGUGAUUGCCAAGAGGGAGGAGGCAAUCCACCAGGCCCAGCUGAGGCUAGAGGAGAAAACCCGAGAAUGUGGGUCCUUGGCGAGGCAGCUGGAGAGUGCCAUUGAAGAUGCCAGAAGGCAGGUGGAACAAACCAAGGAGCAGGGACUCUCUAAGGAACGAGCAGCCCACAGCAAAAUCCUGGACCUUGAGACCCAGCUGAGCAGGACCAAAACUGAACUUGGCCAGCUGCGGCGGAGUCGUGAUGAUGCAGACCGCCGUUACCAGAGCCGGCUGCAGGACCUGAAAGACCGACUGGAGCAGUCGGAGAGCACCAACCGCAGCAUGCAGAACUACGUCCAGUUUCUCAAGUCCUCUUAUGCCAACGUGUUUGGGGAUGGUCCCUACACUUCCUACCUGACCAGCUCACCCAUCCGUUCCCGAUCUCCCCCUGUCUGAGCCACCUGUCUAGGGCCUGGAGCCCUGCCCAAAGCAGGGAACUGAGGCGUUGCCCUGGCUUCCCUCUCUUCCAGUGAUGGAAUGUGUUCAGGGUCCUGUCCUUAGCUACUGAAUCCAGAAAAGUGUCUAGAGCAGCAGGGAGUGAAUCAGGAAGUACUCGGUUCUCUCUUCCCCGAUGUAGACGCCUGAUGGAACUUUGUAAUGACUUUCACAGAGUUUGUAUUUACUACAUUAGGUACCAGAUUUUAACUCAUUGACUGCAGGGACUCCCCUUCCUUUUCUCAGAGAACAUGGCUGGUGUUUUUACUCUAGUCCUCUUUCAGCCCUCACCAUUUUAGGAAUCUCUCUUGGGUUUUCUCUGACCUAUACCGGCAGUGAGCAUCACCACUUGCUGUUUUCUUACUUCCUGUGUAGGGUAGGAUGUGGGCUUUUCCCUAGUGGAAAAACCAGUGGAAACCUCCCAUGUCUGAGUUUCCUUGAGGCCACUUAUCCCAGGCACUUCACAGAAGAUCUUAUAGAGGCUCAUGUCCAUCUGGCUUUACAAGUAUAAUACCAAUCUCACUGUUUUGUUUUUUUUUCUCUUUGUAUCUCUGGAAUCAUUUAUUCUUGAAAUAUUUGUUUGGUUAAAAAAAGUUUUAUAUUCCACUAA